AUGAGACUUCCCCCUCCUUCCAUUGUUCCACCUCCUCCACCACCAUCUUCCGACCACAGUGAAGAACAUCCUCCAGCGCCUCCAACUCCGCCUUCAGAAUCGGAGGAAGAUGGUGAUUCUGAUGAAGUCGCACCCUUACGGCCACAAGGCCGCAGACGACCUACUACUGGCGGUAGGGGGAUGCCCCAACGCGCCAGAUCGUCCCGAUCCAACCUAUAUUCUCCUGAAGUUCCAGAUGGACGCAAGAAACUGAAUGGUCUUCCGCCAAAGGCUGCUUCUACCAGAGGAUUUUAA